AGCGCUGCCCCGAGAAGCUGCAUCGGACCCGGCCGGCCCCUGGUUUGGAGAGGGCAGCUGCGCGCUCCGGGCGCCUCUCCCCAGCUCCCCCGGCCCGCCAGCCCCUCGCCCCCCGCGCCCCUCGCUCGCCGGCUCUCUAACGCCCGCUGUUGUGAUGCGUAUUCCCGUAGACCCCAGCACCAGCCGGCGCUUCACACCUCCCUCCACGGCCUUCCCCUGCGGUAAGAUGGGAGAGAACAGCGGGGCGCUGAGCGCGCCGGCGCCGGGCUCCCGAAGUCGGCCCGAGGUGCGCUCGGUGGUGGACGUGCUGGCGGACCACGCGGGCGAGCUGGUGCGGACAGACAGCCCCAACUUCUUGUGCUCGGUGCUGCCUUCACACUGGAGGUGCAACAAGACCCUGCCGGUGGCCUUCAAGGUGGUAGCCCUUGGAGAUGUACCUGAUGGGACUGUAGUCACAGUCAUGGCUGGAAAUGAUGAGAAUUAUUCUGCAGAGCUCAGAAAUGCCUCCGCGGUCAUGAAAAAUCAAGUGGCAAGGUUUAAUGACCUCAGAUUUGUUGGGCGAAGUGGCAGAGGAAAAAGCUUUACAUUGACAAUCACAGUGUUCACAAACCCCACACAAGUCGCUACCUAUCACCGAGCCAUUAAAGUGACUGUGGAUGGACCCCGGGAACCAAGAAGGCACAGACAAAAGCUAGAAGACCAAGCCAAGCCCUACACAGACCGCUAUAGCGAACUGGAACGUCUGCGCCAGUCUAUGAGAGUUACCCCAACAACUCCCAACCCCCGAGGAUCCCUGACCGCCCCAGGCCACUUUGGGUCACAGACUCAGACUCCAAUACAAGGCACGUCGGAUCUGAGCCCCUUCUCCGACCCACGUCAGUUUGAUCGUUCCUUUCCCACGCUGCCGACCCUCGCCGAGACCAGGUUUUCCGACCCCCGGAUGCAUUACCCCGGCGCGAUGUCAGCGACCUUCCCUUACACCGCCACGCCGUCAGCCACGGGGAUCAGUGGCAUCAGUAUGACCAGCAUGCCCACCACAACCCGCUUCCACCAUACCUACCUUCCGCCACCCUACCCUGGCUCCACCCAGAACCAAAGUGGACCCUUCCAAACCAACCCCUCCCCUUACCAUUUGUACUACGGUACGUCGUCCGGAUCGUACCAGUUCUCCAUGGUGGCAGGGGGGGAGCGCUCGCCCACCAGGAUGCUGUCCUCCUGCACGAGUGCCUCGGCGGGCAACAACUUAAUGAAUCCCAACCUUGCCAAUCAGAAUGAUGGAGUGGAUGCGGAUGGUAGUCACAGUAACUCGCCGACGGCCAUGACGACCACCGGGAGGAUGGAUGAGUCUGUCUGGAGACCCUAUUAG